GUAGCUCUAUUCCAGAUGACAUGGGCUCUGAACCAAAGCGGACCUUACCUUUUAGAAAAGGGCCAAAUUUUACAAUGGAAAAAUUCCUUGAUCCAUCUCGCCCGUAUAAAUGUACAGUGUGUAAAGAGUCAUUCACCCAAAAGAACAUUCUCUUGGUCCAUUAUAAUUCGGUUUCUCAUCUACAUAAGUUGAAAAAGGUCUUGCAGGAAGCCUCCAGUCCUGUUCCCCAAGAAACCAACAGCAGCGCAGAUAACAAGCCCUACAAGUGCAGCAUCUGCAAUGUUGCGUACAGCCAAAGCUCGACCUUGGAAAUCCACAUGCGGUCUGUGCUCCACCAGACAAAGGCGAGGGCCGCAAAGCUGGAGCCAAGUGGUCACGUGGCCAGUGGGCACAGCAUUGCAGCAGUUAAUAGUCCCAGCCAAGGGAUGUUAGAUUCCAUGAGUUUAACAGCGGUAAGCAGCAAGGAAACCCACUUAGAUGCCAAAGAACUAAAUAAAAAGCAAACUCCGGAAUUAAUCUCUGCUCAAGCUACUCAUCACCCACUGCAGUCACCAGCACAAAUUCAGAUGCAACUACAGCACGAGUUACAACAACAAGCUGCAUUCUUUCAGCCUCAGUUUCUAAACCCGGCCUUUUUGCCUCACUUUCCUAUGACCCCGGAAGCACUACUGCAGUUUCAGCAGCCUCAGUUUCUCUUUCCAUUCUACAUACCUGGGACAGAGUUCAGCCUGGGGCCAGACUUGGGCUUGCCAGGCUCUGCCACAUUCGGUAUGCCCAGCAUGACAGGAAUGGCGGGAUCUUUGUUUGAAGACUUGAAGCAGCAGAUUCAAACCCAACAUCACGUUGGCCAGACCCAACUGCAGAUACUCCAGCAGCAAGCGCAGCAGUUUCAGGCCACACAGCCCCAGCUGCAGUCUCAAAAACAGCAGCAGGUGCAGGCAAGCAAGGCAUCGAAACAGGAGCAGACUAGCAAUGCCACUACAGACUGCCCGGUCGUGAAGGAUGUGCCCCCAUACAAGGAGGCAGAAGAGGUGGCUGAAAAGCAAGAAAAGCCAAAGCAAGAAUUUUUAAAUGAAGGUGAAGGGCUCAAAGAAGGUAAGGACACAAAGAAGCAGAAAUCUUUGGAACCAUCCAUCCUGCCACCCCGAAUAGCUUCGGGGGCGAGAGGAAAUGCAGCCAAAGCAUUACUGGAAAACUUUGGUUUUGAACUGGUCAUUCAGUAUAAUGAGAACAGGCAGAAAGUUCAGAAGAAGGGCAAAAUCGGUGAAGGGGAAAAUACUGAUAAACUGGAAUGUGGAACAUGUGGAAAAUUGUUCUCCAAUGUUCUCAUUUUGAAGAGUCACCAAGAACAUGUACACGGGCAGUUUUUUCCAUAUGGUGCACUAGAAAAGUUUGCUCGUCAAUACAGGGAGGCCUACGACAAGCUCUAUCCCAUCUCGCCAUCCUCGCCAGAAACGCCACCUCCACCGCCUCCGCCUCCGCCGCUGCCUGCAGCCCCUCCACAGCCCUCCUCCUUGGGCCCCGUCAAAGUGCCUAGCACGGGGCCCACUCCCCUCCAGGCUCCGCCACCCACUCCUCCACCACCCCCGCCUCCGCCCCCGCCCCCGCCCCCACCGCCACCCCCUUCUGCUCCGGCACAAGUCCAGCUGCCUGUUUCCCUAGACCUGCCACUCUUUCCUUCCAUUAUGAUGCAGCCCGUGCAACAUCCGGCGCUUCCCCCCCAGCUCGCUCUGCAGCUGCCCCAGAUGGACGCUCUCUCGGCAGACCUCACUCAGCUCUGCCAGCAGCAGCUCGGAUUAGAUCCCAACUUCUUGAGACACUCUCAGUUCAAACGCCCACGGACAAGAAUUACAGACGACCAGCUGAAAAUCCUGAGGGCUUACUUUGACAUCAAUAAUUCUCCGAGUGAAGAACAGAUCCAAGAAAUGGCGGAGAAAUCUGGCCUCUCUCAAAAAGUCAUCAAGCACUGGUUUCGAAAUACGCUUUUUAAGGAGCGACAGAGAAAUAAGGAUUCACCAUACAACUUCAGCAAUCCUCCCAUAACUGUUUUGGAAGACAUCAGAAUUGAUCCACAGCCGUCCUCUUUAGAACAUUACAAAUCUGACGCAUCAUUCAGUAAAAGGUCUUCUAGAACAAGGUUUACCGACUACCAGCUUAGGGUCCUACAAGACUUUUUUGACACAAAUGCUUACCCAAAAGAUGAUGAAAUAGAACAACUUUCCACUGUUCUCAAUUUACCUACCCGCGUUAUUGUUGUAUGGUUCCAGAAUGCACGACAGAAGGCACGGAAGAGUUAUGAGAAUCAAGCAGAGACGAAAGAUAAUGAAAAAAGAGAACUCACCAAUGAACGGUAUAUUAGAACAAGCAACAUGCAGUACCAGUGUAAAAAGUGCAAUGUGGUUUUCCCCAGAAUCUUUGACUUGAUCACACAUCAGAAAAAGCAGUGUUAUAAGGAUGAAGAUGAUGAUGCCCAAGACGAAAGCCAAACCGAGGACUCCAUGGAUGCUGCCGACCAAGUAGUGUAUAGGCAUUGCACAGCGUCUGGCCAAACGGAUGCAGCCAGAAACGCUGUGGUCCCUGCAGCGAGUUGUGGCUCUGGAACUAGCACCCCUCUGAUUCCUUCACCCAAACCAGAACCUGAGAAGACAUCUCCAAAACCUGAAUAUCCCACAGAAAAGCCAAAGCAGUGUGACCCUUCUCCCCCUUCUCAAGUCACCAAACCAGCCCUGCCAUUAGCGUCGACUUCCUCAGACCCACUGCAGGCCUCUGCUGCAACUCAAUCACAGCCACAGCCACCAAAACCACCCCAGCUUGUGGGAAGACCUCCCUCAGCCUCCCAGACCCCGGUCCCUUCCAGUCCACUGCCAAUUUCCAUGACUUCUCUCCAGAACAGUCUACCUCCACAGUUACUACAAUACCAAUGUGAUCAGUGUACAGUUGCCUUCCCAACUCUGGAACUCUGGCAGGAGCACCAGCACAUGCACUUCCUCGCUGCGCAAAACCAAUUCCUCCACUCUCCCUUCCUGGAGAGGCCCCUGGAUAUGCCCUACAUGAUAUUCGACCCCAACAGCCCAUUGAUGACUGGACAGCUGCUGAGUGGUUCUCUCGCACAGAUGCCACCUCAGACCAGCUCCUCCCAUGCCACAGCCCCUGCAGCCGUUGCUGCUUCCCUUAAAAGGAAACUGGAUGAUAAAGAAGAUAACAAUUGCAGUGAAAAGGAGGGAGGGAAUAGCGGUGAAGACCAGCACCGAGAUAAACGCUUGAGAACCACAAUCACCCCGGAGCAACUGGAAAUCCUCUACGAAAAAUACUUGUUGGAUUCCAAUCCUACCAGAAAAAUGCUUGAUCAUAUUGCACGUGAAGUGGGUCUGAAAAAACGCGUUGUGCAAGUCUGGUUCCAGAAUACACGAGCCCGAGAGAGGAAAGGCCAGUUCCGGGCGGUGGGUCCCGCGCAGUCCCAUAAACGGUGUCCGUUCUGCCGAGCCCUAUUUAAGGCAAAGUCAGCCUUGGAAAGCCACAUUCGCUCUCGGCACUGGAAUGAAGGAAAGCAGGCAGGAUACAGCUUGCCACCAAGCCCUUUGAUAGCAACAGAAGAUGGGGGAGAAAGCCCGCAGAAGUACAUUUAUUUUGAUUAUCCAUCUUUGCCCUUAACAAAAAUUGAUCUAUCAAGUGAGAACGAACUGGCUUCAACUGUGUCAACACCUGUUAGUAAAACAGCAGAGCUGUCACCGAAGAAUCUUUUAAGCCCUUCUUCUUUCAAAGCAGAAUGUUCUGAGGAUGUAGAGAAUUUAAACGCCCCUCCUGCUGAGGCCAGCUUUGAUCAAAAUAAAACUGAUUUUGAUGAGACUUCAUCAAUUAAUACAGCGAUCAGUGACGCCACCACCGGAGACGAGGGGAACACCGAGAUGGAGAGUACCGCGGGGAGCUCUGGAGAUGGGAAGCCAGCUCUGUCCCCCAAGGAGCCCAAAACUCUGGACGCUGUGCCGAAAACUGCAACCACACCCACCACGGAGGUGUGCGAUGAAAAAUUUCUCUUUUCUCUCACGAGUCCCUCCAUACAUUUCAAUGAUAAAGAUGGUGAGCAGGACCAAAGCUUUUAUAUCACGGAUGACCCUGACGACAAUGCUGACCGCAGCGAAACAUCCAGCAUAGCUGACCCGAGUUCACCGAAUCCAUUUGGAUCCAGCAAUCCUUUCAAAUCCAAAAGUAACGAUCGACCAGGACACAAGCGUUUCAGAACCCAAAUGAGCAAUCUUCAACUCAAGGUUCUCAAGGCCUGCUUUAGCGACUACCGAACUCCAACCAUGCAAGAGUGUGAAAUGCUAGGGAAUGAGAUUGGUCUGCCCAAGCGUGUGGUGCAGGUGUGGUUCCAGAAUGCAAGGGCAAAGGAAAAGAAAUUUAAAAUCAACAUAGGGAAGCCUUUCAUGAUUAAUCAAAGUGGAACAGAAGGCACCAAACCAGAGUGUACCCUCUGUGGGGUGAAGUACUCUGCCCGCUUGUCCAUCAGAGAUCAUAUCUUCUCCAAGCAGCACAUUUCAAAAGUGAGGGAGACCGUUGGGAGUCAGCUUGAUCGGGAGAAAGAUUACUUGGCUCCAACCACCGUUCGACAGCUGAUGGCACAGCAAGAACUUGAUCGUAUAAAGAAAGCUUCAGAUGUGCUGGGCUUAGCGGUACAGCAGCCAAGCAUGAUGGACAGCACCUCCCUUCACGGCAUCAGCCUGCCAGCAGCCUAUCCAGGACUCCCCGGCCUUCCUCCAGUCCUUCUCCCUGGAAUGAAUGGUCCAUCCUCCUUGCCUGGAUUUCCACAAAACUCAAACACUUUAACACCUCCCGGUGCAGGCAUGCUUGGGUUUCCUUCUUCAGCUACUUCGUCUCCUGCCCUGUCUCUCAGCAGUGUCCCCACCAAACCUUUGCUGCAGACUCCGCCACCUCCACCACCUCCUCCUCCUCCUCCUCCUCCAUCCUCUCUGUCAGGACAGCAGACCGAGCUGCAGAACAAA